AUGCAAAAUAAGCUUCUUUACCUAUCUUGGCUGCCUCCAUUUACAAGAUCUGAAGUCAUUUCGGACUAUCAGGCUGAGUGUAAACCGGUGCGGUGGGAGGAGAAGCAGAUUCGCAGUUUGGAUGGAACUAAAUUGGCUGUUUGUGAGGGUCACAUUCCUGUUCCUCGCAAGGACGAUGAGUCUUUUUCAAAGUUUGGUGCUUUACAAAAUAAAAAUCAUGUCCCGAAACGAAAAAAGUCUGUCGUGAUAUGUUAUUUUCAGGGCAAUGGUGGAUCCACCCCUAUGCGACUACCUCUUCUCUCUCACGUCUUGCGCGGAAUUACAGAAGCGUUGAGGUCAACUUCAUCUCCUAUGUCUGAGCCCGAAGUCUCUCAAUAUACUAUCGCUGCUCUAUCAUACCGCGGUUACUGGACAUCAUCAGGUCGCGCCACACAGUCCGGUAUUGAGAUGGAUGCCCAGGCAUUCUUGACUUGGGUUUCAGAAACUUAUGCGUCCCCAGAAAGCGAUCUUGAGAUUGUAGUUUGGGGACACAGUCUGGGUGCUGCCAUUGCAAGCUCAGCAGUAUCCACAUAUAUUGCCCGCCAACACGAGGGGCAAACCUCAAAUACCAGCAGUAACAGAUCCCUGGCGCCUGUCACUAGGCUCCUUUUGGAGGCGCCAACAUCCAGCAUUAAGGAUAUGCUCAUCAGUCUCUAUCCUCAAAAAUGGCUUCCAUACAGGUAUCUUUGGCCUUUCUCCUGGAAUACCUGGGACAUCAAGGCAAAGAUGAAACAAAUGGCUACAUGGCGAGACCAGCCUGUGUCUCAAAUCCCUAAUUCUGAAGCUACGGCAUCAACACCUCGGUCGCUCCCACCAAUUCUUCUUCUCUCUGCUGAGAAAGAUGAAAUGAUUCCAUCAUACGUACCAGAACAGUUAGAACAACAUGCCAAGUCUCUCGGCUUGGAGAUUGAGAGGAAAGAUGUCCUCGGCGCCAUGCAUAUAGAGGCACCACUCAAACUGGAUGGUAGAAAGGCAAUGGUGCAAUUUAUCCUGAAUGGCACAUCCGUGUCCAGGACAUAA